CAGCCUUGUAGCUGUUUCCCGCCAUUUUCUCAACGACGCUGACAUUGCAAUGGGAGGCGGUGGUGGCCGAGGGAGCCAACUCUGAGGAAAAAAUUAAAAAUUUCCCAACCCCACCCCACCUCACAAAGGUUUCUCUCCCCGCUCUCCCUCGCCAUGGAGCCCCGGCGAGAAGGGAGCAAACUCCGCCUCAAACGCAAGAAGCAAGCCGAGGACAGCGAGCAGGGAGAAGCCGCUCCCGACGGGAACCACCCGCCUCUAACGUGCCGAAGCAGCCCCGCCUGGUUUCGAAAGCAAGAUUUAAGCAGUGCUGAAAGGACGUGGAAGACGUUACUGAUGGCUGUGGACCCAGAACUGGAUGGCUUAAGCUUAGAGAACGUGGCCAGCCUUCCUCCCUUCCUUCCAAAGAGCUUUCAAGAGGCAAAUCCUCAGCCAAAGCCAGAAACCUUCAGCGUUGGAAUGAAACAGUUUGAGUGGGUUCCAUUUCCGCUCUACUGCAGAGAAAAUACUCAAGGAAAGGGUUCGAGAAGCCGUGAAAAGGACACGGUCAGCUUAAUACCAGAGGGAAAAAAUGAAGAUAGCAGAUCCGAAGUCGUUUCUUGCAUUCUGGAGCAAAAACUCGUUACAGCCCCAUAUGAGCAGACAGUGGAGGGAUCAAAUACGCAACACAACGUUAAACAUCCCACUCAGGUUGAAGGUAGAGAGAGGACAGAAGCAGGCAGACCUGACCAGCAACAGAACUCCAUCAGGCCAUCAUCGUCAACCACUGAAAACAAGCCUGAGUUUCAAAGGCUGGCUGAUGGACCUGCUACACAAGGAAGGAAGAGCGGCAGCAAAAACGAAGAGUUACUCAACGAUGAUACACUGGUCCCAUCAGUGUUAUUACCUGCACAAGUACUGCCUUCAGCUAGUUUCACUGGGCAGGAAAUGGCAAAGAAUUACAGUGAGGAACUUCCUUGUCUCGAUCAGUGUCCAAUGUGUCAAAUGCACUUCGCCGGAACAUGCUCAAGGUUGGAUGUUGAUAGUCAUCUGGCAAAAUGCUUGUCUGAAAGUACAGAAGAUGUGGUGUGGUGAUGGAAGACUAAGAAGCUGUAGGAGGACAUCGGCCGAUAGCAAAGAAAUUUGCAACAAUUCACAAGCUAGAAAAAGAAAAGUACCAGCGCCACUGGAUACUCUUCUACGCUUUCAAGUUUGUAUCCAUUGGUGUAAACUGGUGGUUCUUCUUAGGCUGUUAGCAUACAUACCUCUGGUAAGAUCAGAGAGGUCUGGAAAGAAGUUAGAUUAUAAUUAAAAACCUUUUUUAAAGAAACGUUUUCUCAAGAAAAAUAACCCAUGCUUGUUGUGAUGGUCUAUUCGAUGUACAAACUUUGAACCUCUUGGAAAAGAUUUUUUUUUUCAUCUACUGAGGGGCGAAUGAGCUAUGAGCAAGUGAGGCAAAGAAUAGGUUAAAUCUAUCAAUAAAGGGCUGGAAAUUCUCAGCUGUUA